GUAAAGAAAGCUAUUGCGGAUGCCACCCUUCUUAUGUAUCAGGAUCCAACGGCACCGUUGAGUAUCUCGGUUGAUGCAUCAGACACUGCAAUCGGCGCAGUUCUGCAACAACUAGUUAACAACGAGUGGCAACCACUCGCCUUUUUCUCGAGGCGCCUUCAAGUAGCUGAAACGAAGUACAGCACAUUCGGAAGAGAACUUCUAGCUAUGUACUGUGCUAUACGUCAUUUUCGACAUUCAGUUGAGGGUCGUGAAUUCACCAUUUUCACUGACCACAAACCUCUGACGUACUCUCUGAACUCAACUUCAGAUAAGUAUUCACCCAGGGAAUCGCGACAACUAGAUUACGUUUCACAGUUUUCAUCAGAUAUUCGCCAUGUUUCCGGAGUGAACAACACUGUGGCAGAUGCCUUGUCACGUAUUUGUUCUUUCACCCAAAUUGACGGCAUAGACCUUGUAAAACUGGCUCGUCUUCAAAAAGAAGAUAUUGAGCUUCAGCAUGAGUUGUCGAAAACAACUCUACAACUAGCCAAGAAACCCUUAGGUGCAACGGGCACUGGACAGGAAACAAACGAAGCACGGGAUCCAACGAACAACAUUGAGGAAGCUAUGUACAGACACCCUAUUAGCAUAGGCAGACAGACCAGCAGGCUCUCGAUCAAGCCACUCGGAAGAUUUUUUUCACCCAUCAGGGAACCAUCGAGAUUUUUUUACUUCCGGCUGGUCAUGUCUUAG